AUGCGGCAUCCAAAUGUCAUCCGUCUAUGGGAUUUUUAUGAGACAGACGAUGGACUCUUUAUUGUGAUGGACCUUUGCCCUGGAGGUGAGCUUUUUGACAAUAUUGUUCGUCGCGUCUCAUUCAAGGAGAUGGAUGCACAGAUCAUUAUGCGGCAUUUGCUAACCGGUGUGGCCUACCUUCACGAAAGAGGUGUGGUCCAUCGCGACCUAAAGCCAGAAAACAUUCUACUGUACGAUAAGGAUGAUAUUAGUAAAGGCAUGGUUAUUUCAGACUUUGGCCUUGCAAAGAUUAUGCCAAAUGAAGGGCUACUUCUCACAGCAUGUGGAUCGCCUGAGUAUGUUGCACCAGAAGUUCUUUUGGGUGAAGGAUACGAUAUGCGUGUGGACAUGUGGUCAUGUGGUGUGAUUGCCUUUGCGUUACUUUGUGGGUACACACCUUUCCAUUCGCCCGACGUCCAUGAGACACUUCAGAAGGCCGUUAAUAUGGAGUUUGAGUUCCAUCCGACGUACUGGUCUACGCAGAGUGAAGAGUGCAAAGAUUUUAUCUGCAAAUGCCUUUGUGAGAAGAAUUCGCGCAUUACCUGCGUGGAAGCUCUUGACCAUCCUUGGCUAACACAUCUCUCAGAGAAGCAGGAGAAAAAUGGUCUGGGCCCUGAUUUGAAACGAGUCCAUCCGAGCGAACUGGAAAACAAGGACACAAGGAAAGGUACCCUGUUGGUUCAGUUGGAGGGGCUGGAAGAACUUCAGAGGGUGCGCAAACGAAUGCGUGUCCUGUCGGACGAUCAGCUCGACGAAAUGGAUGCCUUUAUUAGGGAAUUCAAAAUUCAAAUCAAGUCGCCGCUCGGAAGUCCUACGGAUGUGGAAAAGUCCAUCCAGGAAGAAUGGACUAGUGGGUCCCACAAUGCUAGCUGCAACGUGGAAGUGCAUGCGAAGGACUCGGAUAAAAAGCCGCGUAGCAAAGAGUCAUCUGAGGAAGGUGGCAUGUCAUACACACGCCAUUAUAUACGUGAAUCGUCCAGCCAACAGCAUCAGAUCAAGCAUACGUCAAGCACAGUGGAAGCUCUGAAUAAGAUGCUUGAACAGUAUGGCACAGAUACAUUGCCCACCCUUUCGCGGGUGGAUCCAACAGCAGAUGUGAAGCCGCAAGAGACUAUGACAUUUUCCAAAGCACUGAAAGCAGUGCCAGCUUUGGUCUCUCAAGGCUUCUCAAUUGGCAGUGCGAUUGCCUCCCAUGUGAUUUAUGGCCCGCCGAAAAAGUCAUGGGGCGUAGAGAUGUCGAUUUUGACCAGGAUGAUCAGGGAGAUUGCAGAACGUCAUACGAGCUUGGCUACGAUUUCGGGCUUGCAACGGAGCGUGGAGCUGCUUCGUUUUCUUCCAAUUCCAGAAGAUGGCUUGGUCACGCCUGUGACAUUCCGCGCCAAGCGCCGGAACUUGCGUGGCUUCUUGGCGGAGGAGGAUGCGAAAGAAACUGGCAAGCGUGAGCUGACAGGCGAGUGGAUUGUCGGUAAGCAGACGUGGCGUCGACUUCAGACGGAGUGGCAAAGUGGCAACCGUACACGUACGGAACGUGUGAUUUUGUACAUUCACGGUGGUGCCUAUUUCGUCAUGUCCGCCUCGACACAUCGACCACUCACGAUUGCUCUGAGCAAGUUUUGUGAGUGCCGAGUGUUCUCUGUCAACUAUCGUUUGGCGCCUGAUACGAUAUUCCCCGGUGCGCUGCUAGACGCUGUGUACGCUUAUUUCCGUCUGACGGAGGACUUGCAUAUCCCGCCGAACAACAUUGUGCUGGCCGCAGAUAGUGCCGGCGGUGGACUUGCGAUUGCGCUGAUGAUGUAUCUUCGCGACAACAAAUACCCUCUUCCAGCUGGUGCGAUUUUGAUGAGUCCUUGGGUGGAUCUGACGUUGUCGUGCGAUUCGUGGGAGACCAACAAGGAGUUUGACUACCUACCUCGACCAGGCGCUGGGAAUCAUAUGAACCCCAUUAAUGCGUACCUGGGCCCGAAUAUGGAUAAGUAUUUGAUGCAUCCAUACGUCAGUCCCUUGUUUGGCGAUAUGCAUGGACUGCCGCCGAUGCUGAUUCAGUCGGGUGAUGCGGAGGUGCUGCGUGAUGAAGCUGUGUUGUUUGCGCACAAGUGCUCGCUGGCGGGGGUGCCUGUACGACAUGAGAUCUACGAGGACUGUGUCCAUGUGUUCCAAUUUUUCCUGUUCCUGGAAGCGAGUCGCAAGGCCUUCCAGAGUAUGCGACACUUUAUGCGUACCGUCCUUGACAAGAAGCAAAAGAGACGCGCUUCUUUGGUGUCGGAAGACACGCGUGAGCAACUCGAUAGCGAGAUGAGUGGUGGCCAGGGCGAAACGGCCGCGAACGAGCCAGGCUCCCCGAAUGCCUUCCAGCAUCGUGCAGAAGACUUGGAUCAAGGCGACACACCUCACCACACUUUGAAAGGUCUGGGUCCGAAUGAAGACGAAGAGGAUGACGAGACAUGGGAUUUGGAUGGUGAUGAUGAAAACCCCACUCAAGUUUUGAUGGAAGUCGAUGACCAGAAGGAGAACCCUACACAGAGUUCCUAA